GCCCCAAUUGGAAAAAUAAAAACAAACACGGGAUAUUCGUCGCCCUUUCUCUCUUCUUUUUCUUCCUCGUCGAUUUCUUCCCAAAGCGAGGAAGAAAUAGGGUUUCCAUUUCAAGGGAUAGGAAGGAGGAGAUGGAUCAGAUGAUGGGCUCGGUUGGAACCUACUGGUUCAGCAAGCAAGCCGGCAAAGAGUUUUCCUCCGUCGGUGGCGACAUCAAUUCACUUUCCAACAGUGUUGAAGGAGGUGCAAAAUGGCUGGUGAACAAAAUCAAAGGAAAGAUGCAGAAACCGCUGCCUGAACUGUUAAAAGAAUAUGAUAUGCCGAUCGGCCUAUUCCCAGAGGAUGCCACUAACUACGAGUUCAAUGAACAGACAAAGAAGCUGACAGUAUUCAUACCUUCUGUAUGUGAAGUAGAGUACAAGGAUUCAUCAGUUGUGCGGUUUUUCACAGAAGUGAACGGAUACUUGGAGAAGGGAAAGCUGAUAGAAAUCGAGGGAAUAAAAACCAAGGUCUUGCUGCUUUGGGUAAAAGUAUCUUGCAUCUCCACUGAAGGACCCAAGCUCAAUUUCACUGUUGGGUUGAACAAAUCCAGGAGCCGAGAUGCGUAUGAAGUAGUCAGAGGUGGGAUUCUCGUUGACAAAUUUUAAGCAAUGUUGGGAACGUGUUCUCAUUUGGAUGGAUUGUGGGCUGCAAAACCACAAAGUUAAUCAAGUGUAACAAACUAAAUGUGUUGAUGAGUCAUAUAACAACUCUUUAUUCUACACUAUAAGGGUGUUGCUGAGCACCAAAACAUUUUUUUAUUUUUUUAAACAUCAUUGUUUUAUCUUCAUUAUUAGUUUCUGUUUUAAAUUAUUUGUAAUUUUUUUUUUGUCAAUGGUGAUCGAGAAAAAUUAUAGGCGCAGAUAAGUCCAUGAUUUUAUGAGUGAUGGUUUGAAACUUGUGAACCUGGUGAAUCUAUAUUCAAGUUUGUCAUUUGAUGACUAUUUUUCA